CUCUAUCAAGAAAGAAAGACACAAAGAAAUCAUUUAGAAUCUUUUUUGAAAUAAAAUUAUAAAAUAUCUUAACUUAAAUAAACAACUGAACAAAUAAAAUAACAAGAUGGAUCUAAAUUGCAAAACAAUCAAACUGACAUUAUUUGUUUCGUUAACGAUCUAUAUGAUACUCUUUGGAUAUUUUCUAUAUCCACUUUUGAAUAUUACAGUAAGCUAUAAGAACAUAAUUUCACCAGUUACAAAAAGAUUAGCUUUUGGACAAAAGAUCCAAACAUUUUCCAAAGGAAAAAAGGCGUUAACGUUUAUUGAAGAUCUCGAUGAAAAAUGUGAAGAUUUCCAUAAGGAGAGUAUUGAACUGAAAAAAUGCAGUGAUACAGUUCAUGAAAAAUAUGGACAUCACACAAAAAAUUAUACAUUACCUACAAUCCGACAAGAUAGAUGUCAUUGCUGUUUCCCAAAAUUAUCGUACAUAUUCAACUCUAACAAAGUAUGUGCUGGGGCUCAACCAAUCGAAAUUGUGAUUUUUAUUACGUCAACGUACAAUCGGAGAACAAGGCGGGAUAUUUUGAGACAAACUUGGGCAAGUCAUGAAGCUGAAAAACUUUACAACACAAGACAUGUGUUUCUUUUUGGAAUGAGUAAAAAUAAAACGGUGAAUUAUUUAAUCAAAAAGGAAAAUAAUGAGUUUCAGGAUAUGGUUCAGGGGGAUUUUUUAGACUCUUAUAGGAAUCUAACAUAUAAGACAAUAUUUGGAAUACGUUGGGCGGUACAAUUCUGCCCAAAUGCUAAAUUCGUCAUGAAAACAGAUGAUGACAUGUGGGUUAACACACGCCACCUGGUGGCUAAUAUGAGCCAAUGGGAAACCAAGAAUUCGACCAAUCAUCUCAUUGGAAAUUGCAAAUAUAAGGACUACCCACAUCGAUGGAAAACAUCAAAAUGGUACGUCACAAAAGAGGAAUAUCCACAUACCCUUUACCCAGGCCUCUGCUCGGGUGCUGGCUAUAUGAUGUCACAAAAUCUCUCACGAGAAAUUGCCAGAAUUUCUCGAAAUAUUCCAUAUUUCUUUCUUGAAGAUGUUUAUGUAAGUUUAUGCAUUGAAGCAUUAGGCGCCCCCUAUGGAUUGUAUAACAUAUCGAGAUUUGCAGAUGCACGACCUAUACGCUACAAAUCAUGUGAAAUCCAUGGACAAUAUACUGCACAUAAUGUUCCAGGCUAUCAAAUGUUGAAUGAAUGGAAAAACACAACAAAUUGUCUCAAACAUUUUCUAAAAUUGAGCCAGAACUCACGAUUCCUUGGCUUAUAUAAUAGAACAUGGAAAUACAAAAAUGAUUGACUCUAUAGUAGUGUUGUAGGUAAAUGACAUGCGGGAAUAUAAUUAAAAUGUGACGUGAGCGGGUGAUAUAUAUAUAUCACCCGCCGAUAUAACCCGCUCAUCAGAUAUACGACGUCAAAAAUUCAGGGAGUAGAUACUGAGCCAAGUAUAAAAUAAUCAGUUAUUAAAUGCUCGAUUUUUGUCUUGGUCCAUCAGGUAGAUAUAUUGUAUUUCCCUCAAAUAUAGUGUAUCAAAAACCUCCCAUUAAAUAACCUCUAUUUAUUACAUAGUACAGUGAAUCUAAAAAAUAUUUAUGAUUCUGAGCAAUCAGACUAGAA